GUUUGAUACGGGAAGUAGGCGAAGAUCACAAGCGUCUGAAAUACAUCGACAAGACCAAGCAAAACGAAGCGAAAGCGAUGAGUGGAACAGUAGAGGCGCCUCCCCUAUCGGCGAAGGAUAAAAAUUCCUUUGCUUACCUUACCAUAAAAGACAGACUGCCUGUGAUCUUGUCCAAGAUUGCAGACAGUGUUUAUAGGUUAAAGGGGAAAAUUAAAGAGACGUAUGGCGAGGAGGGAACAGAAGAUCUGAAGUCUGUUGCUGGCUGUAUUUCAAAACUACGUAAUGAAGUUCAAACCAACAAACCUGUAGUUCCGAUACAAGAUGGACGUUCUGAUGUACCAGUGUGGAAUGAUCACUUGAAGGAAAUCAUUACAACCACAGGAUCUCCUCCAAAGUGGUUUGAAUCACCAUGGUUAUAUGUAGAAUGCUACAUGUACCGCAGGGUCCAAGAGGCUGCUGAGUUAUGCAAAACAUUGAAAGAUUUUGAUGUGUUCCGUGAACAGAAGGAGAAAUCAUUCUUCGAUUCCCAACAAGCUAUACUAGUGCUGAUGGAACACCUCCACAAUGUAGAAACAGAAGGAGAAUCAGGGAAACAAGUGGAUUUGAAAAGUCUUUUUGAAAAAUUUCUCAGGGUGUCAUUGUGGGGAAACAAAUGUGAUCUGUCCAUAUCCGGAGGUCAAGACGUUGCACAAAGGUCUUCACCUUUGGAUCAGCUACACCAGUUUGAACCCAAAAUUCUGAUAGACAACACCAAGGAUGUGUUCAAAUGUCUUCAGGGAAUAAAGGUCACCAAAGGUCAUCCUGCCUGUGUUGAUAUAAUUUUGGACAAUGCAGGGUUUGAACUGGUUACAGAUCUCUGCUUUGCUGAAUUUCUCAUCUCUUUUGGCCUAGCUUCAAAGGUCUGCUUCCAUGAAAAAGCAUUUCCAUGGUUUGUUUCAGACGUGACUCCAUAUGACUUUGAUUGGACAAUCAACCAGCUGUGUGCCUCAAACAGCAUAUACAUGUCCAAGCUUGCUUGUAAAUGGAAGCAAUAUUUAGAAGAUAAAACCUGGCAAGUUGCUGUUGAUGACUUUUGGACUUUGUCUUUCCCUUUCAAUGAAAUGGAAUCACGUUGUCCAGAUCUCUAUGCAAGGUUGGCCAAAAGCGACUUUAUCUUUCUCAAGGGGGAUUUAAAUUACAGAAAGCUUGUUGGAGAUCUUGCCUGGCCAUUCACCACCCAAUUCACUACAAGUCUGAGGGGAUUCCAGCCUGCUCCCCUGUGUGCCCUAAGGGCCUGCAAGAGUGAUACUGUGACUGGGUUGAGGGGCGGUCAGGCAGAUGAAGUGAAGGCUAAGGAUGACAAGUGGAUGAUCAAUGGAAAUUGGGCAGUGAUCUCAUUCUCUGACAAGCUGACCUAGCAUGUUAGCCAUCAGAUGCCUAUUUUAAUCUCCAAUACUGUGUCAUAAUGACAUAAGAUAUUCAGAUAUUCUCCAAUUGUCCUCGUUCCUGAAAAAACUAACCUGACGUCUGAACUACCUGAUUUAAACACUAUGUUUUAGUCGCCAACAUGAUCAGGACAUCCAAAGUUGAUGUGUGAUACCAAACAUAAUGGAUAACACAAUUAACUACUCAAUAUGUUAUGUGUAAAGAAAUUUGUGUGAUAGAUCUCUUGCAAGUCAUUCCAUUCUUUAUUUAAAGAUCUUAUCAAUUUGGUUUGUCAUCUUUUGACAGUUGAGUGUAAAAUUUGUACAGGUGUGGUGGCGAGUAAGAGUAUACGAGUAUGUAGUGUGUUUGUUAUCUCCUCCUGCACAUAUCCCUGUGGCCAUGAUUAACAGAAAAUUAUGAAAAAUGUUGCUUGUUAUCUUUAAAUAAUAUUUUGUAUACAAUUGAUUAUUAUGAUUUUUAGGUCA